AUGGGAGAACUAAGACCUACGAGGAUGUCCGUACAACUUGCAGAUCGUUCUGUUAAAUUUCCCGUAGGAAUGCUAGAAAAUGUUCCGGUGCGCAUAGAUGUUAUCGAUGUUAAGAAAGGCAAGCUAAACUUUGAAGUUGGUGAGGAAAAAGUUGAAUUCAUUUUGACGCAAUUCCUAAAUGCACCAGCUAUAGAUGAUACCCGUUGUCUCCUAGAUAUCAUCGACGAAUGCAUAAGAGAUAUGGAGAAUGAACAAACAUCAUACUCCGAAAUACUGAAAGUUCCAAGGCCUCCUACUUUUAAAUAUGAAAAUUUAAGUAAGGAAUAG